CUAUGGUAGCUGAGCCAGUUGUCAAAAAAUGACUUUCUGACGUGAUUCGCCGAACAUAAAAUUACUUGAAUUAUUUUUUUUAAUAACAUGGGAGGCUCGCAAAGCACAAGAAAACUAAGCGUGGAUAACGAAAAUGCAAUUCAAGUUUCCCAGGACGCGUUAGAAAGGAUACAGGCUCAACUGGCCGCGAAUCAAGCAGCUCAGCCAGCAGCGCCUGUGGCACCUCAGUUCGUCCCGCCUCAGUACUACGAGUCGCGAAGGCAGCAACAAGACCACGCAGCAGAAGAGGCCUAUUGGGCUCGGAGGAUUGAAGGUCUAAAACGAGCACACGAGAAAAUCAACAGCGGGAUGCAGAUUGAAUAUCAAAAGACUCUUAAAGAGGCCAAUGAUUUGUUUGAGUUAGCGCAGAAGGAUAAAAUUGCCAGUAAGCUACCACCAUGUCAAGAGGAAAAAGCAAAGGUCCUGCAAUGCUACAGCACAAACCCCAACAAGUCCCUGCUGUGUGCGGUGCUAGUGAAUGACUUCAAUGAGUGCGUCUGCAAGAGCAGAGUGGCCGCCGUCUCCGCGUCCUGAGCUAACACACUAAUAACGCUUCCCACUGAACAUUUGUCAAAUCGACUCUAAUACUGACACUUUGUAUAGUAUGAUUUGUUUAUGCAAAGUCUUACUUACUACUGUUUUAAACAGAUUUUUAACAAUAAGAAAUUUAAUUCCUCUUAUUGUAUCUCUGAUGAUUUAUUGUCAGUAAGUUUUGCCAAAGAUUUUUCUUGGCCAGAGGAAGAUAUAAAACAUCUACCCAGGCUAGCAAUUAUACAUGUAGAAAACAUGACAUCUUAUUUAAUUUUAGCCAGAAAUAAAAUCCGAUUACCUUUGGUUUGUCAGAAACAUAUAGUUUAUUUAAUAUACUUUUUUCUACAACAAUAUAUUUUUUCAUUAAUUGUUGAUGUCAUGAUCUCAUUACCAUACAAUUUUGGCUAAAAACUGAAAAAUUUAAUUUGCUGUUAAAUUCUCUAUGUAUAAUGAUUAGGUAAGGCAUGGUUACAUAGUUUAAAUGUGGUGCUCACUCUUCCAUAAACAUUUUAUAAUUCCUUGAUAUCACCAUGCAAAUAGAGGUAUUCAGUUACUUUUCUGAAAUAUAAUUGAACAAUCUAUCUUGUCUAGUGAGAGAUUUAUCAUAUUUGUUAUUUGAUGAAUAACAAGAAGAUUUGUAUACAUAUAAUCUUGUUUUUGGCAUUUAAAAAUAUUGAGUACUGUGAAUUUGCACCAUAACUGUAUAGUGUUAGGGUCUAAUAUCCUACAAUAAUUUGAUUGAACAAAAGUUCAGUGGAAAGAUUCUACAUAGUGAAGAUUCCUAGCCGGAAAAACUAUCAAAUGUAUGUAAAGUUAACACUUCAAGGGAAGGUUGGGAAGUAGUUUUAAUAAUUUAAAUGAUACUGCUGUAUGAAUAAACUGUUAAUUUAA